CGGACUGCCUGAUGUGAUCUACGUCUGGUAGUUUGCAUUAGAUUAUUAUGUUUGUUUUCUUGUACUGGACUCUAUUUCUGCCUGUAUCUAAAUCAUCCCAAAGGUUCUGUUUUUCUGCUGAGAUGUCUGGUCUUUUGUUCUUCGUGCUGAUGGCGCACACCGCUUAUGGAGACGUGAGCUAUUCUUUUCCGGAGGAGAUGAAACGAGGAUCUGUGAUUGGAAAUAUAGCAAAGGAUCUCGGGCUCGAUGUGAACAGACUGUCAUCUCGUAAGGUUCGCAUUCAUACUGAAGGUAACAGAAAACGAUACUGUGAUAUUAAUCUGAAUACUGGAGAACUGACCGUAGCGGAGAGAAUCGACAGAGAGGGGCUUUGCGGAAAAAAAGAUUCGUGCGUUAUUAAACAAGAACUCGUGCUGGAAAAUCCUUUACAGGUGCACCACUUUCUUCUUAAUAUUGAAGACAUAAAUGAUAAUUCACCGCAGUUCAAACAAAGUGUAAUUAAAUUUGAAAUACAGGAAUCAGCAGACAAAGGAUCUCGUUAUUUAUUAGAUGAGGCUCACGAUGCGGAUAUUGGUAUGAAUUCAGUGCAAUCAUAUGCACUUCAAAACAAUGAGCAUUUUGUUCUUAAUGUACUAACUCGUGCAAAUGGAAGAAAAAAUGGUGAACUCCUUCUUAAUAAAGAGCUAAAUCGUGAACAACAAAAAGAGAUCUCAUUAAUAGUGACCGCGGUAGACGGCGGGACUCCACCGAGAUCAGGUACUGUAGUCAUACACGUCACUGUGCUGGAUGCUAAUGAUAAUGCUCCAGUCUUUAGUCAGGACGUCUAUAAAGUCAGUCUGCCUGAAAAUUCUCCUCUAGAUACUGUAGUGGUGACAGUGAGCGCUACUGAUGCUGACGAGGGACAAAACGGAGAAGUCACGUUUGAGUUUGGCCAUUUAUCGGAAAUACUUCUAGAAAUAUUUUCUCUAGAUUCAGUAUCUGGUGUGAUUAAACUAACAGGAGCGAUUGAUUAUGAAGAGGAAAGUUCAAUCGAACUUCCCAUUCAGGCUAAAGAUGGUCAGGGGUUAGCCAGUUAUUCCACAAUAUUAAUAGACAUUGUUGAUGUCAAUGAUAACGCGCCUGUGAUAGGAAUUAAUUCUCUAAACACUCCAGUUCCCGAGAACGCGUUCCCCGGUACAGAGGUCGGCAUCAUUAAUGUUCAGGACAGAGACUCGGAGAAUAACGGACAGGUGCGCUGCUCCAUUCAGCAAAACGUUCCGUUUAAACUCGUUCCUUCGAUCAAGAAUUACUAUUCUCUGGUGACCACAGGUGAAUUAGACCGAGAGCUGCUCUCUGAUUAUAAUAUUACAAUUACUGCUACUGAUGAGGGCUCUCCGCCUUUAUCUUCCUCUAAGAAUAUUCACCUGACUGUAGCUGACGUGAAUGAUAAUCCACCUGUAUUUCAGGAGCAGAGUUACAGAGCUCACGUACAAGAAAAUAAUAAAGCGGGCUCCUCUAUUUGUUCAGUAUCAGCUACAGACCCGGACUGGAGACAGAAUGGCACUGUAGUUUAUUCUCUCUUGUCUUCUGAUGUUAACGGCGCGCCGGUGUCCUCCUUUCUGUCCGUUAACGGAGACACCGGGGUCGUUCACGCCGUGAGGUCGUUUGAUUACGAGCAGAUGAAAAGUUUGAAAGUGCUGGUGUUAGCCAGAGACAACGGCUCUCUCCUCCUCUGA